UGAGGCAUAUAAAGCUGCCCGAGGCCUGCUCCACUGCUGCCCACCUGUGACCAUGAAGGCUGCGCUGCUUGCCCUGUUGGUCACCGGCUUGGCCCUGAAGCCAGGCUCUGCCCUGCAGUGCUACACCUGCAGGGACCAAGUGAGCAACGAGAACUGCCUGAAGGUGCAAAACUGCACCGAGUCGGAGACGCAGUGCUGGACCAAGCGCAUCCGUGCCAUAGGCCUCCUGACCGUCAUCAGCAAAGGCUGCAGCUCACACUGCGAGGAUGACUCUCAGGACUACUACGUGGGCAAAAAGAACAUCACGUGCUGUGACACCAACUUGUGCAACGCCAGCGGGGCCUGGGCCCUGAAGCCGGCUGCCGCCACCCUGGCGCCACUCACCAUACUCAGCCUGCUGCUCUGGGGUCUCAGCCAGCUGUAGGCUCCUGGAGGCCCCGCUGCAGCCCCCACUGGGUGUGGUGCCCCAGGCCCCUGUGCCACUCCUCACACACUCUGCCCAAUGGGAGCUUGUCCUGGUACCUGAGGGCGUGUCCUAACACAGGUCUGGCCAUGUUGCUCUGCCUCCCACCCCCACCCCCCACCCUGACCCUCCCAUGGCCCUUUCCAGGACUACCACCUGGCAGGCUGGCUCUAGCGACACAGUUCAGCCUGCAGACAGCCCCUCCAAUUUCCACUGCUGCUGUCUCCAUGCCCCAGUGUUCCCCACCCUUAACCCUGUGCUCAGGCACCUCUUCCUCCAGGAAGCCUUCCCUGCCCACCCCGUCUAUGACCAGAGCCAGGUCUGGUCAUAACCCGGGCCCUCCAGCAGGGGGGGCCGGCAAAAGCUGAGAUGAAGUAGAUGGAGCAGACGGAGCUGGAGGACAGGGGUUGGUGUGAGGUCCUGGGAGUCUCCAGAGAUGGGGCCUGGUGGCCUGGAGGGAGGGGCCAGCCCUCACAUUUCGUGGGGCUCCCUCAAUGGCAUCCCCAGCACAGCAUAGGCCCUUAAUAAACACCUGCUGAUAA